UCGAAACGAGUUGGCAACGCCAACAUUGUGCAACGCGAAAACGGGAAUAAAUCACGUAUUUAAUUGCAUUUAGCGGCAAAAAGCGGUGAAAAAAAUGACGGUAAACAAGCGCGACGCGAGCGCAUCGCGGUCGCGAUGCUUUUUCGACAUUUCGCUGGGCGGCUUGGCCGUAGGCCGCAUUGUUUUCGAACUUUACGGCGAUGUGGCGCCGAAGACGGCUGAGAACUUCCGGGCAUUGUGCACGGGCGAAAAGGGAUUUGGCCUGACCACCGGCAAGAAGCUCCACUACAAGGGGGUGAUCUUCCACCGCGUGGUCAAGGACUUCAUGGUGCAGGCGGGCGACUUCUCCGCGGGCAACGGCACCGGCGGCGAGUCCAUUUACGGCGGAACUUUCGAGGACGAAUGCUUUGAGAAGAAGCACGAUCGCCCGUUCCUGCUGUCGAUGGCCAACCGGGGCAAGAACACCAACGGCUCGCAGUUCUUUAUUACAACACAGCCUGCGCCACAUUUGGACAAUAUCCAUGUUGUAUUUGGGCAAGUUAUAUCCGGUCAGGAGUUGGUGCGACAAUUGGAGGAUCUGCCCAUCGAUCGGAACUCGCGGCCGUUGCAGGAUGCGGCCAUAGCCAACUGUGGGGAAUUGGUUAGACAGGCAAAAGCCAAAAAGGAGAAGAAGCGGAAGAGGCGCUCCACGGUCACGGAUGAUACAAACAGCGAGGACAGUGAGGCUGAGGUCAAGGCCGGGCGCAAGGACAAAAAGAAGAAGCGCAACCGCAAGGAGAGCAAGUCCAGCGACAGUGAAGACAAUGAUACAAGACGUGGCAAUGGAAAGCAUGACCAGAAUCCGCCAGAGGAUAAUGACGAGGACCGCGAAGAGGGCGAGCUCCACCCACUUGUCACAAUUACAAAGAUAGAUCCUAACGAGAUACCAGAGGUAUCGAACAAAUUUCUAAUGCGCGGUGAGAGAUCGAGGUCCCGAGAUCGAGAGGAUCGUGGUAGUCGAGGACAAGAUCGCGAUCGAGGCCGUGAACAGGAUCGAGACCGAAAUCGCAAUAAUUUUGGCUGGUCUAAGAAGCAGGCACCGCCGACAUCGCGCAGCGGACGCAUUGUCAAAGGUCGAGGCGUGUUCCGUUUUCGCACACCGUCGCGCAGUCGAUCGCGGAGCAAUACACCACCACAUUGGAAGCAUGCACAAAAGCGCACUAUCAAACUUUCUGAUCUGGAGCGCAUGGAAGAGGAGAGCAAGAUGCGCGAGGAGGAGGUAAAGCGCCGCGAGCAUGAGCGAAAACGUCGCCACGAAGAGGCCACCAAGAAUCCCAAGCAAUCGUUUUUCGAGCUUUCGCAUGCCAGCACUUACGGCGGCAAAGUGACGCCAGAUAAAUUCUCUCCAGAACAUAAACCCAAGUCCAAGGAGACAUCUGAACGCGGCAAGCCUAGGGAUAAAGACAAGGAGAAGCCCAGCGAGAAGGAAAAGGCAAAGGAUGUGACUCCCCAAAAACGCCGCAAAUCGAUGGACAUGAAUGCUUUGGACUACGAGCAGCAGACAGAGACCGAGGCCGAGUCCGAAGACGAGGAGCGAGAGCAGUUGAAGGUGAAACCACCCAGUAAGCUGGACAUCAAAGCGGAGCCUUGGACCAGCAAGGAUAGAAAUACCAAGCGCGAAGAUCGCAAGCUCGAGGAAAGAGCCAAGGCCAAACGCAGUCGCUCCCGAAGCCCUCGACGCCAAUCGCCUCCUCGUCGUCAGCAGCGUUCACCGGCCCGACGUCCUGGCCAGAACCCCACGCAGAAUCAGAAUCAAAAUCAGUUUAACCGCGGCAAUCGCCGAAAUCCGUUUGCGGACAGGGAUCGUCGCCGUCGUUCGCGUUCACAGGAUAAUGAAUACCGCAACCGCUUUCCUUUGUCCCCAGUCAGAGGAAGGGGCUCUCCUGGCGGAGAUCGCCGGCGUCAGCAGCGUUCCCGUAGUCAGGGGCGUAGGCAGGAAUCGCCCAAUCACAAGCGUCAGGAGUCGUUGGGCCGAAGGCGCCAGGACUCGCAGGCUAGGAAGCGUCAGGACUCAACGGAAAGAAAGCGAGAGGACUCGCCGGUACGAAAGCGGCGGGAUUCACCGGAAAGGAAGCGAGCGGAUUCCAACGACAGAAAACGGGAGCCUUCUUCAAACAAAAAGCGUGAGGAUUCGCCGCGAAGGAAGCGCAAAGAUUCGGCCACAGUAAAGCGAGAUGAUUCGGUUGACAAAAAGACACAGGAAUCUUCUAACAAAAAGCGAGAGGAUUCUCCUGAAAGAAAGCGUGAGGAUAGUCCGAUCAUUAAGCGAAAGGACUCCGACAGAAAGCGACAAGACUCUCCAGUGAAAAGACUAGAGUCGCCAACAAGGAAGCGUCAGGACUCGCAGGACAAAAAGCGAAACGAUUCCCCUGUGAAAAAACAAGAUUCACCGGGCAGGAAGCGUCCAGAUGUCUCUGGUAAAAAGCGUCAGGAUUCCACCGACAAAAAGCGGCUGGAUUCUCCAGUCAAAAGACAAGACUCACCGGGCAGAAGGCGUAAGGAUUCACCCGACAGAAAGCGCAGGGAUUCACCUGACAGAAGGCGCAAAGAUUCGCCUGCCAGAAGGCACCAGGACUCGUCCGGGAGAAGGCGACAGGAGUCGGCGGGCCGCAGGCGCCGUGACUCCUCCGGAAACAGACGCAGUCGCAGCCGCGGACGCCGGCACAGCUCGUCGCGUAGUCGCAGUCCAUCAACUAGUCGCUCCCGCCGCCGCCGCUCGCGUAGUCCGCUGCCCAAGCUGACCUCCGCCCUGCCCAUGGACGAGGAUCGCGAGAAGGCGGCCCGCGAGAAGAUGCAGAAGCGUGCGGAGGCCGCGCUGCUGAUGAAGGAGCACAUGCGCAAGGAGAUCGCCAAGGCGGAGGAGCUGCGCCUGGAGAAGCAGCGCCAGGAUGACCUCGAGGAGCGCCGCUUGGAGAAACAGCGCGAGGAUGACCUGGAGAAGGAGCGCACCACCCGCGAGAUCAACGAGCUCGAGCGCCUGAAGGCUGAGACCCUGAAGAAACUGCAGGACGAGUUAGGAGGGGGAUCCGAGGCGGCCGCUGGAAGCGAUGCCAAAACCGAUGCCACCACCUCCCGCAGCAAACGCGAGUCCAGUGCUGAGGAUCGCCAUCGCGACAAGAAGCGCAAGCAUAAAAAAUCAAAGAAGGCGUCGACGCGCUCCGACUCCGACUAAAGUCAAACUAAUCCUAGACAGUAGUUGAAUACCUAACAGCGGCAAACCGAGUUUUUGUUCCACCAAUUUCAGACAUUUACACGAAAUUGCAAUGUAAAAAUCGCGCUCCCCCCAACUUUUUGUAAUUAAGACCGUUUAAUAAAGGAAAACGUCACUGUAA